AUGGUCUCUGUUAGCCCAUGUGCUUACAGAAAUCAGUAUAUAUUUGCUGAUGAAUUAUAUCUGGGAUCAGGCUGCCCCAUGACUCCGAUACAAACAUAUAUGUAUGAUUUUAUAUACCCUGUCUAUGAAUGUGGGAUCAGGAUAAGAGCUGUCUCAGAGGAGGUGCUCCUUUUUCAAACAGAGCUAUACUUUAACCCUAGGAAUAUACGUUAUGGCCCUCAGAAAAUCCCUCUGGAAUGUUCUGCCUCUAGGAAGUCAGUGUGGCUGGUGCCAGUUUCUACAGAAAAUGAAACAAAAUUGGAUCCCAGUCCCUUCAUUGCUGACUUUAAGACAACACCAGAAGAGCUAGGAUUAUUAAAUUCUAGUCAGACUGACUCCAUACUUAACUUGAAAUUGGUGCCAUGA